AUGCUUCUGCAUCUUCUGCAUGUGAACAAAUUAUCAGUCAAAGACGAGAUCUUACCACAAGAUAUCAAUGCACAUUGGGUAAUGGAAGAUCAAUCAGAAGAGGCAUACUCAUAUGAACAACAGCAUGGAUAUACACCCGAGCAAAUCAGUUACUUUAUCGAAAGUGCGAUAUAUGCCCUAGCAAUGAUCUUAGGAUUUGCAACUUGUGCCUAUACGGCAAGAAGAAAUCAAAAUUGCAGAUUCCACUCGAAAUGUCGUCGUCACGUGAUUUUAGCAGCAAGAUUGAUGAGCUUCAAGAUUAGUCUAACGGUAGCCGAUCUGAUCGUUUUGUUCGUUUAUGCACCAACGCAAAUCAUUUGGAUUAGCACUUAUAACUGGUAUGGUGGUGAUCUGUUGUGUCGAACCACAAAAUUCAUCAACACAUUUUCGUUGCAUUUAACCGCGAAUAUGCAGGUGCUGAUCGCAGCAGAUCGUCUCUAUAUCACUGCACAUCUUCGCGAAGUUCAUCAGAAGUCACGUUUUGCUGCCAAUCAAAUAAUCGCAGUGGCAUGGUUGACUGCGAUCACAUGUGCUCUACCUCAGCUGUUCGUUUUCCAUGUCUAUUAUCUUCCUGACGGUAAACCACAAUGCGUUUCAAUUUGGUAA